AUGACGCCUAAGAAGACCACCACGCCGACUCCUGACUGCGAUCACGAAAAAGGCACCAUAUCCCCCAUUCCAGAGAAUGUUGAGCUCGGUCAAUUGGGUUAUGCAGAAGAGCUGCGCCGUAACCGCUCGGUUCUCACACUCCUCUUCCAAACCCUCGCCAUGGCAGCCAUUCCCUACGGUGAGGGCACACCCCUCCUUUCAGCAAUAUACGGCGGUGGUCAGCUCUCCAUCUUCGUAGGCUGGAUAGUCGUUUGUCUGCUAGAUCAGUGUAUAGCUUUCUCUCUGGCCGAGCUAGCAUCUCGCUACCCUACCUCUGCAGGGCCGUAUUACUGGACCUUCCAAAUCUCCCGUGGCAACAAAGCAACCAUCUCUUUCAUCAAUGCCUGGAUCUGGCUCAUAGGCAAUUGGACCAUCACUCUCGGUGUAAAUUUUGGAUUCGCCUCAAUGCUCUCAGCAACCAUCUCAAACUACCACCCAACUUGGUCCGCUAACAGCUGGCAACUACUCCUAAUAUUUUACGCCGUCUUACUCAUUUCCCUCACCAUCUGUAUCUGCGCCAACAACUACCUGCCCCAAGUCGACACUGCCUGUGCAGCCUGGACAGCCAUUACAAUCCUCAUCAUCCUCAUUGCCGUCUCCAUAAAAUCAGAAAUCCGACACUCCCCAGCCUACACCCUAUCCCACUACGAUACUUCCCUCGCCAACUGGGGCGGCUUCACCUUCUUCAUCGGUCUCCUCCCAGCAGCAUUCACCUUCUCAGCAAUAGGCAUGAUCUCCUCCAUGGCCGAAGAAUGCUCCAAUCCCGCCAUCAAAGUCCCUCGCGCCAUUGCCCUCAGUAUUCCCGUAGGCGGCACAGCAGGUCUCUUCUUCAUCAUCCCUCUCUGCGCAACCCUACCUCCUCUCGCAGACAUCCUCUCCGCUCCCGCCGGCCAAGCCCUCCCCUACAUCCUCACCAGAGUAAUGGGUCCAGCCGGCGGUCUUGGCCUCAGCGCUCUCGUCCUCGUCAUCGCCCUCUGCUGCUCAAUCAGCAUCACCGUCGCCGCAUCCCGGACUACAUGGGCCGUUGCGCGAGACGAUGCGAUCCCACUCGCUCGCCUAUGGGCUCGGGUUUCAGAGCGCUGGGGCGUGCCCGUUUGGUCUCUGGUUUUAGUUACGGGAAUCCAGAUGCUACUUGGGUUGAUUAAUCUAGGAAGCUCCAGUGCUUUUACGGCGUUUGUUUCGGUGGGGGUUAUGGCUCUGGCAGCGGCUUAUGCGAUUCCCAUUUUUCUGAGUCUGUGGUAUGGGAGGGAGGAGGUGAGUCGGGCGCCGUGGAACUGUGGGAUGGUGAUUGGAAGGGUUGUGAAUGUUAUCGCCUUGGCUUGGAUUGCCUUUGAGUUGGUGCUAUUUAGUAUGCCGACUGCGUUGCCGGUUACGGCCGUGUCGAUGAAUUAUGCCUCGGUGGUUUUUGUGGGUUUCAUGGCUAUUUCGGCGGUUUGGUUUGCUGUAUAUGCAAGGAAAUGUAAGUCGAUAUUGGAUGUUUGGCUUCAAGGAUAUGAAAGAACGGGUUGCUGA